AUGACGGCGACUCCUGGCUUUGAGCCGUGGAUGGAGCACCUGAUGACUGCGGUGACGUACUCGUGUCUUGUUCUGCCUGUGGCGAGUGUGCUGACGACAUUUGUGGCCGCAGCACCCGCGCGUCCUGCCCCGCUCUCGCAGCGGCCGGCCGAUUGGUGCAUUCUCGGCUACUUUGUGCUCAAUCUGGUGCUGGUGACGUAUCUGGUGGACAUCGAGCAGCUGAUCAUUGCGGACCCAAACAACGCUGCCGAAGUGGCCGCCGCUCCGUGGCCGCCGCAGGCCUUCAUCAAGCUCAUCCAUGCCUACUCGCGCGCGUUUGAUCCGGUCCUCCUCGCCCGGCCGGCGUGGUGGCAGGCCACGCUCUGGCCCGAUGUCCUCUUCUACGGGCCGUACUACAUGGUCGGCCUCUACGCCUUUGCCAAGGGCUGCGCCUGGAUUCGGGACGUCACCAUGGUCUACGCCGCGUCGAUCAUGACCAUCGUCUUUAUCAUCAUGAUGGAGGAGGCCUACGGUGAGCAUCCCACGCCGCACUUUGGUUUUGUCCUCUGCCUCAACUCGCCGUGGUUCGUUGUCCCGGCUUGCCUCCUCCUCCGCAUGCUCGUCACCCAUCGCCCAUUCGAUCUGCCGGCCCCGGCAAAGGCUGCAGACAAGGCGGCAUAGCCAGAGAGGUAAGUAAAGGCAGCCAUGCUUGCC